UCCAGAACUGCUUUGGUACUCACAAUCCACUUCCGAUUGGUUCUGGUCGGGCAGAGUGGCAUGAGUGUGGGCAAGCCCCACCGCUACAACAUCGUGUCAUCAUCAGAGGAGGACGUGUACCGGCACGGCAACAUGCCCGCCCUCGGCAAUGGCUUUGGUAAUGGCAAAGUCCAGACACGCCGAAAGGUGCGGAGCCGCUUUGUAAAUAAAACAGGCCAGUGCAACGUCAGUUUCGCUCAUAUGGACCAGCAAUCUCAGCGCUACCUCGCUGACAUCUUUACCACCUGCGUGGACAUUCGUUGGCGCUGGAUGUUUGUCCUCUUCUCCCUUGCAUUUGUCCUGAGCUGGCUCGCAUUUGGUUUCGCCUUCUGGCUUAUUGCGCUUGUCCACGGUGACUUAGACCGGCCCACUAAAGAGGACUUCACUCCAUGUGUCAUGCAGGUCAACAGCUUCAUUGCUGCGUUUUUGUUCUCAGUUGAGACGCAAACCACAAUCGGCUACGGAUUCCGCUGUGUAACCGAGGAGUGUCCCUUAGCGGUGUUUAUGGUCGUCUUCCAGUCCAUCAUGGGCUGCAUCAUUGACUCUUUCAUGAUCGGUGCCAUCAUGGCCAAAAUGGCACGACCUAAGAAACGGGCAGAAACGAUACUGUUCUCGCACAAUGCUGUCAUCGCUAUGCGCGAUGGGAAACUGUGUCUCAUGUGGCGGGUCGGGAACUUGAGGAAAAGUCACAUUGUAGAGGCUCACGUGCGGGCGCAGCUUAUUAAGCCCCGAAUCACAGAAGAGGGCGAGUACAUACCACUCGAUCAGAUCGACAUCAAUGUGGGCUACGACCAAGGUCUCGACCGCAUCUUCCUGGUUGCUCCUCUUACUAUCCUCCAUGUGAUAAAUGAGGAGAGUCCUCUGUAUGGAAUUAGCAAGCAGGACUUGGAAACAUCUGAUUUUGAGAUUGUGGUUAUACUGGAAGGGAUGGUCGAGGCGACUGCGAUGACGGCUCAGGUGCGCAGCUCCUACCUGGCCAGCGAGAUCUUAUGGGGCCAUCGCUUUGAGCCCGUGGUGUUUGAGGAACGCAGCCAGUAUAAAGUGGACUAUUCACACUUUCAUAAGACCCACGAGGUUCCCUCGACGCCACGUUGCAGUGCCAAAGACAUGGAGGAGAAUAAAUCCUUGGAGUCCGGAGCCAACUUCUGCUAUGAGAACGAGUUAGCCUUUAUUAGUAGAGAUGAGGAGGAGCAAGAAGAGGACACCGGUGAGAGGGGCACUGAGCUAGAGACCCUUUCAGCCAAUCUGAACUUCGAUCAGAGGUCAUAUCACAAAGAAUCUGAAAUAUGACCCUUUGAAGACUUUGCUUUAUCGUAGACUCAGCCUAUUCUUCUAGUGACGGUUGUAACAGUUAGCUACAGAGCAAUGUAAGUGCCAUAUGAAUCCUUGACCCACUGUCCUAGAGCCAUGCUGUAGUUGGGGGCAGGUCAGGAAAAGAAAGUGCUUUUUGUAGAUGGAUGUUGGAAAUGCGAGGCCUUCCUGUAGGAAAACUUGAAAUCUGAUUACCUGUUUCAUACUGUAGUUUGACGUGAUAGCUUUAAGUAGUAUCAUUAUGCAAUACUAAGCUAGUCUGGGUGUCAUAUUGACUAAAUCUCUUUUGUUAAGAAAAUUUGCACAAAAUAGGUUAUUAACCACUAGCCUGUUUGCCUGGAUAUAGAGCAGAACAUGAUACACUCUUGUUUUGGUGUGAUUUACAGCAAUAAAAGACUUUUAUCUAUGCC